AUGACAAACAAGGACUUUGAGCAACCUACAGCGACACAGCUCGCAGCGCCGAAUGAGGAGGCACAACAUGCAGCCGACGAUGAGAAAUCUAUGAGCCUCGUUCAGGCGAUCAGACUUUACCCAAAAGCCGUUGGUUGGUCAGUCGUUCUGUCGAGUGCUCUGAUCAUGGAAGGCUACGACCUCGCAUUGCUGGGAAGUUUGUACGGCAGCCCUCAGUUCAAUCGCAAAUACGGAGUUCUUAACGCAGCUACUGGCAAGUACAGUGUUCAAGCCAGUUGGCAGAGCGCACUAUCCAAUGGAGCACGAGCUGGCGAGGUCAUCGGUCUUGUCAUCAACGGCUUCGUUAGCGAGCGGUAUGGGUAUCGGAAGACCAUGAUAGGUGCCCUGAUAUCGAUGACUGCUUUCAUCUUUAUCUUGUUUUUUGCGCCCAAUGUUCAGACUCUGGUCAUUGGCGAAGUCUUCUGCGGGAUCCCGUGGGGCAUGUUCCAGACCCUCACAACGCAGUAUGCAUCGGAAGUUGCACCUGUGCGUCUGAGGCCGAUUCUGACCACGUUCGUCAACAUGUGCUGGGUGAUGGGACAAUUUAUAGCUGCAGGUGUAAACCGCGGCUGCGUCCAACGUUCAGACCAAUGGGCGUAUCGUAUCCCUUUUGCCGUACAAUGGGUCUGGCCUAUACCGAUCAUGGUCGGUGUCUUUCUUGCACCUGAAAGUCCGUGGUGGCAUGUUCGCAGAGGCGACAAAGUAGGCGCUAAAGCUGCAUUGCUUCGUCUGACCUCGCCGGAAAAGGAUCCGAACUUCAACGCCGACGAGACGAUCGCCAUGAUUGAGCAUACCAACGAAAUGGAAAAGAACAUGUCAGAAGGCACCCGAUGGACGGAUCUGUUCAAGGGAACCGAUCUCCGACGAACCGAGAUCGUAUGCUUCACCUGGAUUGCUCAGACGAUCUGCGGGACCAACAUCAUGGGUUACUUCGCAUACUUCAUGCAGAAGGCGGGCCUCCCCACCGUACAAUCCUUCAACAUGUCGAUGAUCUCACUCGCCCUUGGCCUCGUCGGUACUGCUGGCUCGUGGUACCUCAUGCAGAAGUUCGGUCGACGAACGAUCCAUUUCUCCGGCGGCUGCACACUCUUCAUCAUCCUGAUAAUCGUCGGAUCAUGCUCUUUCGCCGGUACUCAAGCCUCGAACUGGGCUAUUGGCGCGGUGUUGAUUCUCUUCGUCUUCGUAUACGACUUCACGAUCGGUCCCGUCACCUACUCAAUCGUGUCGGAGAUGUCAUCCACAAGAUUGAAGGCCAAGACGAUCGUACUCGCGCGAGCGCUGUACAAUAUCUCGAAUAUUGUGGUCAACGUAUUGACGAACUACCAGCUUGGAGAUGCCAACUGGGCCUGGGGAGCGAAGACGGCGUUCUUCUGGGCAGGUACUUGCGGCUGCGUUGUGGUGUGGGUGUACUUCAGGCUCCCAGAACCGAAGGGUCGGACAUAUGGAGAGCUAGAUAUGUUAUUCGAGCAGAGGGUCAGCGCAAGGAAGUUUGCUAGCACGCAGGUCGACCCGUACGGGCAUGGGCGUGUCGCGGAUGAGAAGGCUGCUGUGGGCUCAGAAUGGAAGGAGUGA